AUGUGGGCGCCGCCCGCCUGGGCAGGGGCUGGGGCGGACACUGCCAUCCCGGCCGGCAGCUGUCUAUGGGCAGUGCUAGCAGCAGCACUCGGGCUGUUGACUGCUGGAGUAUCAGCCUUGGAGGUUAUCACCCCAAAAGAAAUAUACGUGCCCUAUGGGACACAAGGGGUGCUGUCCUGCAAGUUCAAGUCUAAGAUCACCACAGGCCCGGCGACCACAGUCUCCUGGAGCUUCCGGCCAGGGGAAAUCCACACCACCGUGUCUUUUUUUCUCUUCGUGGACGGGCAAGUGUUCCUCGGGAAUGACCCGCUAUUCAAGAACAGGGUCACCUGGGCUGGAGACCUCCACAAGAAAGACGCAUCCAUCAAAAUACAAAAUAUGCAGUAUGACCAUAACGGCACCUACAUCUGUGAUGUCAAAAACCCUCCCGACAUCGUCUCCGAACCCGGAUACAUUGUCCUCUAUGUUGUAGAGAAAGAGGUGCCCACGCCGCCCCCGACUCCGCAGCCCCGGACACCGAGGCCCCAGCCUCCUCAGCCCAGGCCUCCGCCACCCCGGCCUCCCCCGCCCAGGACUCCACCACCCCGGCCUCCCCCGCCCAGGACUCCGCUGCCCCCGCCUCCGAAGCCCAGGACUCUGCUGCCCCAGCCUCAGCAGCCUGGGACUCCACUGCCCCAAUCUCCAUCGCCCGGGACUGCUCUGCCCCGGCCACCACCUCCUGGGACUCCUCUGCCCCGGCCUCCGCAGCCCGGGACUCCACUGCCCCGGCCUCCGCAGCUCGGGACACCGGUUUGGCAGGUGGUGGGUAUAGCGGCUGCUGUGUUUCUGGGUCUCAUCCUCCUCCUCCUCUUGAUCAUCCUGGUUCUCUGGUACAAAAAGAAACCCUCGUAUCCGGAUUACACCAGGGAUGAGUCAUAUAUGCGCAGUGAGACCACUCCGGCGGACAUCACAGUGACAAAAUGA